AUGGUAAAAGUAGAAUCUUAGAAAGAACCUUAAGUGGCAGUUUAAGAAGAAGAUUUUAAAAAAGAUGUUAUCCAUAAAUAUAGUUGGAAAUUUAUUCCCGUACUAUUUCUGAUUUGGCUUUCAUUUUAAGUUGCUGUUUUCUUUUACGUUGGCUCUAUUUUACCUGAUUUUAAAAAGGUUGGUUUUCCUACUUCUUUUGAAAAGGCAUAAGAGUUUUCCCAUAUUAUGAGGAAUUAUCUUGAGACACACUACUACACUUUACUAUUCUUUGAAGUUUCUAAUUUCUUAUUCUUAUAAACGUGGUGCAUCCCAGGUACUUUUGUAUUUAAUUUGUUAGGAGGUGCUCUUUUUGGAAUCAAAGUUGGAUUCCCAGUUUGCUUAGCAUGCAACACAUUAGGUGCAUUUAUAUGCUUUAACAUUUCUAAAUAUUUUGCAGGUGAUCUUAUAGAAAGAAAGUUAUCCAAUUAACUCAAAAUGAUAAAAUAAAAGGUAUAAGAACACAAGAAAGACCUUUUCUUCUACAUGCUAUCCACUAGACUGUUCCCUGGAUCUCCUAAUUGGGCUAUGAAUAUCACAUUUCCUCAUAUACAUAUUCCUUCUCAUUACUUUGUUUUUAGUAUUGCUCUUGGACUUAUUCCUUGGAACUUUUUGACAUGUGAAGCUGGAUCUAUCAUCAGCACAUUCAAGUCUAAAAGUGAAAUUUUUAAGCCAGAAACAUAUUAUAUGCUUAUAGGUAUUGCUUUGUGUGUACUUAUACCUCCUAUAGUUAAAAAGAUAAUUAGCAGCAAAGAGAAGAAAGAAUGA